CACCUGUGCGGGCAGCUGCGGGAUCAGCUUAAUCCCAGUCGAGCAUGGCUGCAAAUAGGGUGUUUGAUAUAUGACCCGACAAGCCGCCCCUGCCUGCUGCGGUAAACCUCGAUUCUUCGUGUCUCUUGACGUCGGGUUUCGUUCAGGACCAGCUUUUCCCUCUUACAGACCGAGGACUCGAUCCGACGUCGUUACGCUCAUUACCACGCAUCGCUCUUUAAUUGCUCUCCACGUUUCUCUUCUCUGGUCAUUUCUUCACCAUGGCAAACUUCAGCAAGCCCGAGAACAUGACCACCAUGUUGUUUGCGUUUUUCGCUUUCCUCCAGUUCACAGUCGCGCUGCAGCACGGAACUCACCACCAGCACGCUCGCCACUCGCACGACGCCAUCAUCAAGAGGCAGAUUGACGAGAUUUCUGACAGCCUGGUUGCCCGUCAGUCGAGCGGCUUUACCGCUAUCACCGGUGUCUGCAGCACCAGCACCAACAGCGAUGGCUCCUGCAACAACAACGGCCGCAUCUCGUCUCCCCGUCUUGAGAUCCGCCAGCUGAAGCAGAAUGCCGACCAGUGGAACUUGUACCUGCUCGGCAUGGAGAGGUUCAUGGCCAAGGACAAGAAUGACAGGCUUUCCUACUACCAGGUUGUUGGUGUCCACGGCCGUCCGUUUGUGACCUGGAACAACUUCCCCACUCCCCUGCUCAACCAAGCCGGUUUCUGCCCCCACUCCAACACCCUCUUCGGUUCCUGGCACAGGCCGUACCUUGCCAUCUACGAGCAGGCCAUGUACCAGAGCGUUCAGGAAGUCAUCCAGACCUUCCCCCAGAGCCAGCGCGCCCGAUGGCAACAAGCUGCUGCCACUCUCCGCAUGCCCUACUGGGAUUGGGCUAUGGACGGCGGCAGCAACACCGUCCCCACCAUGAUCCGCGACCAGACCGUCACCGUCACCAAGCCCUCUGGCCAGGUCACCAUCGCCAACCCUCUCUACUCGUACAGCUGGGGCAGCUCGCUCCCGUCCGAGAUGGGUGGUGGCCCGUGGAACAACUUUGCCAACACUCUCCGCCGCCCGGUUGCCAACCCCACCCGCAGCAACAACAACGAGAUGAACGCCCGCUUCAACUCCCUGCGCACCUCCCUCCGUGACCGUGUCUUUGCGCUGUUCUCCAGCAAGCAGGCCUGGGGCGCCGCCUCCACCUCGCAGAUUGGCGUCCGCACUGAUGUCAGCGGCAGCGGUGUUGACAGCUUCGAGGCUGUCCACGACGUCGUCCACAACACUGCCGGCGGUGAGACUGGCGGCCACAUGUACUACCUCGACAUCUCCUCCUUCGACCCCAUCUUCUGGCUCCACCACACCAACAUCGACCGUCUGCUCGCCAUGUACCAGCUGAUCGUCCCCAACACGUACGUCGCCAACGGUAACAUCAACCGCGGCAUGGCCCAGUGGCAGCAGGGCGAGCCCAAGAACAGCUACACUCCUCUGAAGCCCUUCACCAAGAACAACCGCGGCGACUACUUCACCUCGCAGGACGUCAAGGAGACCCGCGUUCUUGGAUACCACUACCCCGAGACCAGCGACCGCACCUACUCCCAGGUUGCGCGUGCGGUCACCAGCCUGUACGGUGCCGGCCAGCGCUCCAUCACCAAGCGCGACAACGAGACCGAGACCGGCCAGUACCCCGGCCGUCCUCUCAAGGAGGGUGACUACCACCACAUCCUCUCCAUCACUGCUGACAAGUUCGCGAUGGAGGGCUCCUACACAGUCCACUGCUUCAUUGGCAAGCCCGGCAACUCCAACUCGACUGUCCCGUCCAACUCGACCGCCCCCUACCCGAUCUCCAACUCGACCAUCCCCUACUCCAACAACACCGAGGCUGACUACGACCCGUCGACCGACUACACCCAGGACCCCAACUACGUCGGCGCUUACGGUGUUCUCGGCGGCAUGAAGGCUGGCGGCGGCAACGCGACCUACCCCGUCAUGACCAAGGGCUCCCUCCCCCUGACCAGCUGUCUGCAGGGCAAGGAGGCCGCCGGCGAGAUCAAGUCGCUGCACCCCGAUGACGUCGAGCCUUACCUCGCUGAGAACCUCUACUACAAGGUUGUUGGCGUCAAAGGCGAGCUGAACGCGGACGACAUCCCCAACUUCCACAUCACCGCGCAGUGCACCAAGGCCGUCCCCGCCGCCUCUGACGACGAGCUCCCCGAUCUCAGCGCGCCUUACCAGACCCUCCCCAAGGCCACCGAGAACAAGCCCGCCGGCAAGCCCUUCACCUACACCCCCUCCCCCAUCGACAUCCCGCUUCCCGAGGGUGCUGAGUACGAGGAGGGUCCUGGCUACUCCGGCCCUGGUUCUUCCGGCCCCAGCCCCUCCAGCGCUGGAUCCUCGCCCGCCUACCCCUCCGCCCCGUACCCCACCUCCGGCUCCGGCUCCUCGUACCCGACACUGCCGUGGGAGGAGCAGGGUUACUGCGUCACCAAGCAGACGAUCGAGUACGUUGACCAGGACGGCAACUUCCUGUACGCCGAGAUGUAAGAUGUGAUCUGUAGAUGGAUGUCGUAGAGUAGUGCCUUGAUGCCCGGAUUGGGUGUUGAGAUGUAGUUUCAUGUGUGUAUAUUCUUUUGUUGCAUAAUACCUUCAAUGUACUGUUCGAGGAUUUCCUGCUUACAGUUGAAUGUGAGACUGCGUGAGUGUGAGCGUGCUGUAAGAAUAUAAAGCGUGUGGGUGAAGUCGAAUUAAGCUCGCCCUACCAUGGAC